AUGUUCUUUUGCCUGGGCAACAUCUGUCGCUCACCGCUCGCUGAGGGGCUCUUCAAACACGAGGUCGCGCGCCGCGGCCUCGAUGAGGACUUCCACAUCGAGUCGAGCGGGACGAGCAGCUACCACGUCGGCGAGCUGCCCGAUCCAGGGAGCCGCGAGGUCGCCAAAAGGCGCGGUGGGAUCGACAUCAGCGACCAGCGCUCCCAGCAACUGACCGCCACACACCUCGAAUCAUUCGAUUAUCUGGUGGCGAUGAGUCACUCCAACAUCGCCAACGCGCAGCGAUUGCGCGGCGCGGACAAGAUCGACUUCUUGCUCCUGCGCGACUUCGAGCCGGACGCGACGCACCAUGGCGAGGAUGUGCCAGACCCGUGGGGUCACGGUCGAUCGGCGUUCGAUGAGGUGUAUGACAUCGUCGAGCGAAGCUGCGCGAACCUGCUCGAUCAUAUCCUCGAGCAGGAAGGUCGCGCCUGA